UUGAGGACAAUGUGGCUGGUCCUUGUUACAUAUCAACUUGCCACACUCCUUCAAGCCCAAGCUCAGAAUGCUUGCAUCGGACACUCCACAUUCAGAAGUCCAGUCAACUCAGACAUCAAGGUCGUCUGUGGCUCUCAGACAUUGGACCUUCAGAUCCUUCUGUGCCCCGUCUAUUUCAAUGGAUACAAUGAGUCUCUGCUGUCGCUCAACUCAGAACACUCCAAUCACCUGUGUAAAGGGACAGCUGACUGGUCAGUGGACCCACCUGUCGUUAGAUUCAACUUCUCCAUAACAGAGGAGGGCAUCAGUGCCUGCUCCAGCACGCUGACAGUCACCCAGGAGGCGGGAACUGGCCUGUUUUCAGACUUCUCCCAUGUCGAGUACAUCAACAUUGCAGGCAUGGUCUGCUCGAAGGACCCCGGUACAGGAGCCAUCACCUAUCACCAAGAGGUGAUGUACAGCUUCUCCUGCCGCUACCCUCUGCAGUACCUCGUCAACAAUACUCAGAUGAGUGUAUCUGGGGUCCGUCUGGCAGUCCAAGACAAUAAUGGGAGUUUUGUCAGCACACUGAGCAUGGGACUCUUCACGGACAAUAGCUACUCCUCCAUCCUCCAAAUCCCCUUCGGAGGCCUGGAGCUAAAGACCAGGAUCUUUGUAGAAGUAAAGGCAUCCAACCUCAGCAAUAGAUUCAACGUACUCCUAGACCGAUGUUAUGCCACAUCCUCGCCUUUCAACAUUAAAGACACGUACCAUGAUCUCUUUGUCGGGUGUGACCUGGAUGGCCAGACUGUAAUAGGAACCAAUGGAGAGAAACAGGGGGCCCGCUUUUCAUUCGAAGCUUUCCGCUUUAUCAAAAGCACAGAAGCUCUCUCCGUCUACUACGUCCACUGUGCCACCAGGCUCUGUGUAAACUCCUUCUGCCCCAGCCUCACUCAGAACUGCACCAGCGGCACCAGCUCCAGGAGGCGUCGCAGCAUCAGCAACAACCAGGGCACCACAGUGAGUGACUCAGCCAUGAUCACCUCAGGCCCAAUCACUACCCGCUUGGAUAAUGGCAAUAUGCUGGGAUCUGGAGGGAUUCAGAAGAACCAUGACAAUAACACUGUGGUGGUGGUUUCAGUCAUUGCAGGCACUGUCGGAGUCAUCUGUCUCACGCUGGUGGCUGUCGUUGUUUACCAGAAAUCCAUUUCCAUAUCAAACAAAACAAUUCUGUGCUCAAAAGAAUGA